AUGAAAGCUUCAACAGCUGAUUGUUUUUCAUUUUUUGAUUUUUGUUUACUUCUUGAAGACAUUUCUUUAAACAAUGAUAAUAAAAUCAAAGAAAAUAUAUUUCAAGAGUUUUUAAUGCGAUGGUUUGAACAGAAACAAGAAAAUCAUACAAUUUAUCCAAUCUUACGAUUAAUGGCUAAAAGAAAUGACAGUGAUAACUGUUUUAUUUUUGAAUAUUCUUGUCUUAAAAAUAUUAUUGAUAAAGAUUCAAAAUUAAAAAAAACUGAAUAUGUGAAAAUCAAUGAAUCGUCAUUAUUGGCAAAGAUAAAUUUAUUAGUUAGUAAAUAUAAGGCAAAAAAUGAACAAUCAGGUUUGUCUGUAAAUUUUAUUAAUCAAAAGUUGGAUGACUUAUCACAAACAAAUAAUGCAAAAAAUAUUAUAACCACGUUAUUAAGAACCAUGAACAACUUAGAACGUAAAUGGUUUCUUCUUAUACUUUUAUCAGAAGUAGAGAAUAUUACAAAUAUGAAUUUUUUUUUACUUUUUCACCUCAUAAAUCCUUUUUUAGGACAAUUAUUGGAUGAUGGUUACCAUCCCCAAGACUUGUUAUAUCACUAUAAUCCAAAAACGUUUUCUAAAGAAACAUUUAAAAACUUUUUAAAAUCUAUUGAAAUUGGUAAACCUUUUUUUCCAAUGAAAUUAAAUGUAAUUGGUCCAAAAAUAAAUCAUUUUUUAGCAAUAAAAAAAUUUUGCAAUGGAAAACUUUUAGCUGAGAAAUAUUAUCAUGGAAAUCAUAUAAUUAUGCAUCGAUAUAGCAAUGGAAAGUACUAUAAAUUCUUUUCUGAUACUAUGGAUGACUACACAGAAUUUUAUCAAAAUUGUAAUUAUAAUUUUUCACAAGAAAUUGAACCACUAUUUAAAAAAAAUGUUGAAAAUGUUAUUUUAGAAGGUCAAAUGUUGAUGUUGUAUCGGGAUUCAAAAGAAAUUAUAGAAAAAUUUGAUAAUUUUCCUGUUGGAACAUUGUAUGAUACACGGUUUAUGCAUUCAAAAGAUCCCCACGUAAAAUUAUGUUUUCAAAUUUCAGAUAUAUUAUAUUACAAUAAUAAUAAUUUAUUUCAUUUUCCUCUUGAAAAAAGAUUAAAAAUUUUAAAUGAAAACAUUUUUGAUAAUAUUGAAGAGGAAAAUAUUAUGAUUUCUAAACAAACAGAAGUCAAAACUUAUGAGGAAUUUUUUGAAUUUUUAAAUAAUUCUAUUAUUUGUAUGCAAGAAGGUUUUGUAUUAAGAGACAGUGCUAGUUAUUAUAUUUCUGGAAAGGUGCCAAUAUACCAUUGUUGUUUUAAAAUUAAACCAAAUUACAACAAAUUUGUUACACUUACAAUGGCCAUUGUUGGAGCAGAAUAUUUUACUAGUAAAGAAAGUAAAAUUAAGCAUUUUUUAUUAGCUGCUAGAGAUUCAAAUGAUAAAUUAACUAUUUGUUUAAAAGUUAAUCCAACAACAAAAUCAACAACUUAUGACAUGUUAAUUGAUCUAUUAUAUAUUACUAGAAGUUAUUAUAUAAAAUUGCCAAUUUGGUUAAAAAGUAAAUUGCCAUCUAUGCCUUAUAGUAGAUAUAUUUUUCAAAAUCACAUUGUAAUUGUUGAAGUAAAAUGGACUAAAGUAAAUCAAGGUGCCAAUGAACUUAUUUAUAUUUCAAAAAUAAUAAAUACGAAAGAAAAAAAUAUUAUAAGUUUACUUUCCGAUGUUGAAUACUUUAAAAAAAAAUUUGAUAAAAGAUUAAAUAGUAUUGAAAUAAUACCAAAAACAUUAAAUAAUUUGUAUAUUGACAAUCUAAAUAGUAAAAAAAAUUUUCAUCAAGUGAAAGAUUUAGAUAGUUGGAAAUAUUUUAAAGAAUUAACUAUAUGUGUUCUUAAUUCAUCACAAAAUUGUAGCAUUAAAAAAGCUCAAAAAUUUCUUUAUUUUCUAGGUGCUUUUAUAGUUGUACAUCCAACAAAAUAUAUUAAUUUUAUUAUAGCUACUGAUAGUUUAAAUAUUAAAACAGCAGCUGCAUUAAAAACAAAAUUCUGCCCAAUUUUAGAUAUUUCAUGGAUAGAAAGGUGUAUAAAUGGAAAAAAGUUAGAAAAAAUUGACAUGCAAAAUGAUAUUAUUUUAGCCUAUGGAAAAAAUGAAUUUUCAUUACAAAAUAUAAAUUUAUUAAUCGAGGAAAAAAAUAUUCCAAACGAUAUAUUUAAUAAUAUUUUUCUAUAA